GUGUUGGGCUGGAGCAGCUCAGAGGGGGCAGCACCAGCAGCACCAGCAGCACCAGCAGCACCAGCAGCACCAGCAGCACCAGCAACACCAGCAGCACCAGCAACACCAGCAGCCAGGCUGACCAGGCUGACACCACUCCACUCCGCUCAAGUUGCUCCUCACAUCUGCGGGGAGCUGCACAUCUGCCAGGCUGGAGGUGGAGGUGACCGUCACCGAGGCGCUGACUGCUCGCCUGGACAGCACCGCCGUGCUCCAGCGCCUCGGCGGAGGGACGGAGAUGGAGAUGGAGCAUUUCGACGAGCGGGACAAGGCUGAGCGGCACGGCCGCUCCGGGGCGCGCCUGAACGGGCUGGCCAGCCCGACGCACAGCGCGCACUGCAGCCUGUACCGGACGCGCACCCUGAAGACGCUGAGCGCGGAAAAGAAAGCCAAGAAGGUCCGCUUCUACCGCAACGGAGACCGCUACUUCAACGGCAUCGUGUACGCCAUCUCCGCGGACCGGUUCCGCAGCUUCGACGCGCUGCUGGCCGACCUGACCCGCUCCCUGUCCGACAACGUGAACCUGCCGCAGGGCGUGCGGGCCAUCUACACGCUGGACGGCUCCAAGAAGGUGGCGAGCACCGAGCAGCUGGUGGAGGGUGAAAGCUACGUGUGCAGCUCAACUGAGGCCUACAAAAAGCUGGAUUACGCAAAGAACGUAAACCCCAACUGGUCUGUAAAUGUGAAGGCAUCAGCAGCGGCGUCCCGCGGCCCUCCUUCCCUGAGCAGCGUCAAGGCCAAUAUCCUGGAGAUGCGUGAAAACAAAGACUUCAUCCGUCCGAAGCUAGUGACAGUGGUGCGCAGUGGGGUGAAGCCUCGCAGAGCUGUGAGGAUCCUGCUCAACAAGAAAACAGCCCACUCCUACGAGCAGGUGCUGACAGACAUCACCGACGCCAUCAAACUGGACUCCGGGGUGGUCAAGAAGAUCUACACUUUGGAGGGCAAGAUGGUGGCGUGUCUACAGGACUUCUUUGGCGAUGAGGACAUUUUUGUGGCCUGUGGACCGGAGAAGUUCCGCUACCAAGAUGACUUGAUGCUGGAUGAAAGUGAGUGCCGUAUGAUGAAGUCAGUGACCUAUGGAAAGAUGUCGGCCUCACUGAACCGAUUCUCCCCCAAGGCUAUUAUCCAAUCACGUCGCAGCAAGUCGCCAGCAUCUGUGAAUGGGACACCGGCCAGUCAGCAGUCCACUCCUCACUCGGGGAAAUCUCCCAGUCCCUCCCCGGCCAGCCCCGGCAGCCUCAGACGCCGGGAGUCCCAGGGUUCUUCCAGCUCUCUGUCUUCCGCUCCAGUUCCCAGCCCCGUGGAUGAUGGGGACCGACUCGUCACGGAGGCCGAGGUUCUGGUGGACGAGGUUCCAGCGGUGCCAUCCUACAUCUCAGACCGCUACAAGGUGGGCCGGAUUUUAGGCGAUGGGAACUUUGCUGUGGUCCGGGAAUGUGUGGAGCUCUCCACGGGACGGGAGUACGCUCUGAAGAUCAUCAACAAGGGCAAGUGCAGAGGCAAGGAGCACAUGAUCCAGAAUGAGGUCGCCAUCCUGCGCCGGGUCAAACAUCCAAAUAUCGUCUUACUCAUCGAGGAGGUGGACACUUACAACGAGCUUUACCUGCUCAUGGAGCUGGUCAAGGGGGGGGAUCUGUUCGACGCCAUCACCUCCACCAACAGAUACACGGAGAGAGACGCCAGCGGCAUGCUCUACAAUCUGGCCAACGCCAUCAAAUACCUCCACAGCCUCAAUAUUGUGCACAGAGACAUCAAACCAGAAAACCUGCUGGUGUAUGAACAUGCAGAUGGCAGCAAAAGCCUGAAACUGGGAGACUUCGGGUUGGCGACGGUGGUUGACGGACCCCUCUACACGGUCUGUGGGACCCCAACAUAUGUAGCACCUGAAAUCAUUGCUGAAACAGGGUAUGGCCUUAAGGUAGACAUCUGGGCAGCUGGAGUCAUCACGUACAUCCUACUGUGUGGUUUCCCACCAUUUAGAGGGAGCAGUGACGACCAAGAAGCACUUUUUGAUCAGAUACUAAUGGGACAGUUAGAGUUUCCUCUACCGUACUGGGACAACGUGUCAGAGACUGCCAAGGAGUUGAUUCGAUCCAUGUUAGAGGUGGAGGUGGACCAGAGGUACACUGCCCUGCAGGUGCUGGAGCACCCAUGGGUCACUGAUGAAGGUCUAUGUGAGAAUGAACUCCAGCUGUCAGUUGCAGGGAAGAUAAAGAAGCACUUCAACACCAGUCCGAGGGGCAACGACACCACUGCAGGAGUGUCAGUCAUUUCUCUGGAUGACAGCUUUUCUAUGCAGAGAUCUGGGUCGUUGGAUUUCUACCAGCACCCGGCCAUGUACUGGAUAAGAAAAUGGUCCUGCACGUGUUUGGCCCCCCCUCUUGAUAAGGAGGGGCAGGUUCUCGGAUGAGGACGCCACCCGGAUGUGAAGCCGGCAUCCUUGCAGACGAUCCAGACUGUGAAUACAAAAAUCACAACAAACCCACGACGCGCGGAGCCUCCCGGUUGCCUCCCCGGCCUGCCCCACGCCCCCCCCCAACCCUGACGCUUGCUCUGACACCUCCCCAGACCGCAGACCUCCGUCCGACUCCAAUGACAUCUCCAUCAGCUCAGCAAGCACCAUCACCUUCUAGGGAGC